AUGUCCGCCGCCGCUGACGCUCUUUUCAAAGAUAUUGAGAGCCAAUUUUUGCUCACCAGAGAUCAACUGGCUCCCAUCAUCAAGGGAUUCAUUGAAGAAUUUAAGCACGGUCUCAAAACCCCUUCCAAGGGUCUCGCCACCAUGAUUCCCUCUUUUGUGACCAAAUUGCCCAACGGUAAUGAAACCGGUACUUUCUUGUCCAUGGACUUGGGUGGUACCAAUCUCCGUGUGUCUGCCGUGCAACUCCAGGGGGAUGGCCGUGUCGACGUUCUCGAAGUCAAGCGUGCUGCCACCACCGAGCUCAAGACUGGCAAGGGUUCCGUCUUCUUUGACUGGAUCGCCGACACUGUGGAAGAACUCAUCACCAAGAAGGCUCGUCACUUGUUCUCCGAAGAAGAAGUUUCCGCCAAAAAGACCCUUAACCUUGGUGUCUGCUGGAGUUUCCCCGUAGAUCAAACUGCUGUUGAUCGUGGUACCGUCCUGAGAAUGGGCAAAGGCUUUACUUUGGAAGAUGUUGAAGGUCAUGACCUGGCUGAUUUGAUGCACGCUGCCUUUGAACGCAAGGGAUUGAAUGUCAAAUUGAACGCCAUCUUGAACGAUACUGUGGGUACCCUUGUGGCUCAUGCCUACUCCAACCCUCGCACCCGUAUCGGUUUGAUCUUCGCUACAGGCAUCAAUGCCGCUUACCCUGAACCUGUUGAAUCCAUUACGAAGCUGUCGAAGGAAAAACGUGAUUCCUAUCCUGCUGGUACAGAGAUGCUUCUCAACACGGAAAUCGACAUCUUCGGUGGUGACUGGUAUCUUCCCUUGACCAAGUACGACAAGAUUUUGGAUGACAACCAUAACCAGCCCAAGUUCCAGCUUUACGAAAAGAUGUUGUCCGGUGCCUACAUGGGUGAACUGACUCGUCUGAUCGCCCUGGACUUUAUCAAAGCCGGUGCCUUGUUUGGUGGUCACAUUCCCGAAGGUUUCGGUGAAGCCUGGUCUUUCCCUACCGCUAACAUGAGCAUGUUCGAACGUGAUACCACCGUCAACCGUGAGAAGAGCAUGGAAAUCUUGAGCAACUACCAGUUUGUCAACUCGCCCACUUUGGAAGACAUUGCCAUCUUGACUCGCAUCUGCCGUCUCGUGGCUACCCGUAGUGCCGCUCUUGCCUCGGUUGCCAUUGCCGCCAUGAUUGAACAGCAAAAUCUUCACAACAAGACCAACAACGAUAUUAUCGUCGGUGUCAAUGGUUCCACUUACGAAUUCUAUCCUUUCAUGGAAGAACGUAUGCACCGUGCCCUCCGCGAAUGGUUUGGCGUCGAAUUGUCUGACCGGAUCAGACUCGAAAUUGCCAGAGAAGGUGGUAGUGUCGGUGGUGCCUUGAUUGCCAUGUUGUGCCGCGAUUAG